ACUGAUCGGCUAUGAACCUUGAUGGAUCCUCCACUGAAAAAGAACUGGUCCAAUAGAACCAGUGACAUUAUUAACGUCAAUUUCUAUCAUUCGCUACACAUUUGGAUUUUCUCAAAUCUUCAGUAUCCUCAGACGAGGUUGAACCAAAGGAAAAAAUGGUUGACUACUUUUGGGGCGACACGAGUAAAGAGGAGAAGAGGUUGAUACGAAAACUUGAUUUCUUUAUUCUUACAUUCUGUUGCUUUAGCUUCUUUUUCAAUCAUCUCGACAGACAGGCCUUUGCCAAUGCAUAUGUAGCAGGUCUCAAAGAAGCCCUUGAGCUGAGUGGCAACCAGUACAAUGUUCUGCUCUCAAUGGCCUCAGCAGGCAUGCUGGUCGGCCAAAUACCUAGCAGUAUAAUAAUCCACAAGAUCCGCCCCCGAAUAUGGAUGUCUUCCAUGGUCGUCGUAUGGGCAGGCCUCACAAUGGCUAGCGCAGCUUGCAAGACAUAUGCCCAACUCUGUGCCGUUCGCUUCCUCAUGGGUCUAGCUGAAGCGAGUACUUAUGCUGGCUCUAUCUACAUCAUGGGCUCUUGGUAUAAAUCUAACGAAAUCGCUAAGCGCACUGCUAUGUUCACAGUAGCAGGUCAAGUCGGCAAAAUGUUCGCGGGAGCUAUGAUGGCUGCCAUACAUGAGUCAAUGGAAGGCCAUGCUGGGCUGGAAGGUUGGCAAUGGGUAUUUUUGAUCGAUGGCAUCAUCACCCUACCUGUUGCUAUCUUUGGCUUCUUCUUCUUUCCGGAUGUACCUGAGUAUACAGAUGCUUCAUAUCUGAGUGAAAAGGAACGACAGCUUGCGCUGGACCGACUACCGCCGAAGAAGGAAGAUGGUCAUAGUAUACAGGCGUGGAGUCUUGUGAAGAGGGUGAUGGGACAUCCUUUGCUUUAUGUGUGCUGCGUCUUCUCAAUCCUCGGAUCGGCCCUUCAGUCUUAUGUCGUACAGGGCCUCAUGCUUCUGUACUUGAAGUUCCGCAAGGACAUCGACGGUUUCACACAGUCUGAAGUCAACACCCUCCCGAUUCCCACUCACGCGGUCGGCAUCGUCGCCGAGUUGUCCGUAUCAUUCUUCAUGGACUGCUACAGCCGGAGAAUGUCACUUGGUUUUCUGCUCUGCUUAAUCCAGGUCAUCUGCAGCAUCGUACUCCUGAUUCCAGGAAUGUCUGUUGCAGGAAAUCUCACAGCACUGUAUCUCUCAGCUUCAGCAUACGGCAUCAAUCCAUUGCUGUAUGGUUGGUCAAGCAACAUCUUGGCCCGAACAGCAGAUGACGCUGCUCGAAGUGUGACUCUAGCUUCGAUGGCUGCAAGCGAUGGACUUCUAUGGACAUUUUGGGGCAUUGUCAUGUUCCCGGCUGAUCAUGCACCUUACUGGCGAAGCGGUUACAUCGGUAUGCUAUGUGUCAGUGCUGCCAUGAUUGGCUGGUUAUUUGUUGUCCGUUGGCUCGAUCGUUAUACGGCGGAAAAGUAUCCUGCUGGUGAGCAUACAAGUGCAUCGUCUCUGGUAGUGACGGAGGUGAAUUACUCUACGAUGGAUCAGAACAAGGCAGUCUGAGACUUCAUGGAACAAAACAACUGUCUCGAAAGGGACUUUAGAUAACUUAGGAAGAAAUUCAACCUAACUGGGCUACCAUGGAUGGCACUUCAA